AGCGGCCCUGGGUGGGUCACGUGACCCUACCAGCUCCCAAAGCAGACGUCUUCUCAUAAGGGCUCCGUGUGGAGCCUCUGAAAUCUGUGCAGGAUUUUCUCUGCAGAGGCAGAAGAAAGCAGGUGGAUGGAUAAGUAAACAUGGCCUUGCUCCUGGUGGCCUUGCUCGCAUUCCUGAGCUUGGGCUCAGGAUGCCAUCAUCGACUCUGUCACUGCUCUAACGGGGUCUUCCUCUGCCAGGAGAGCAAGGUGACAGAGAUUCCCUCCGACCUCCCCAGGGAUGCGGUCGAACUGAGGUUUGUUCUCACCAAGCUUCGAGUCAUCCCAAAAGGAGCCUUUUCAGGAUUUGAAGACCUGGAGAAAAUAGAGAUCUCACAGAAUGAUGUCUUGGAAGUGAUAGAGGCAAAGGUGUUCUCCAACCUGCCCAAACUACAUGAAAUUAGAAUUGAAAAGGCCAACAACCUGCUAUACAUUGACCCUGAUGCCUUCCAGAACCUUCCCAACCUCCGAUAUCUGUUAAUAUCCAACACAGGGAUUAAGCGCUUGCCAGAUGUUCACAAGAUUCAGUCUCUCCAAAAAGUUUUACUAGAUAUUCAAGAUAAUAUAAACAUCCACACAGUUGAAAGAAAUUCUUUCAUGGGGCUAAGUUUUGAAAGUAUGAUUGUAUGGCUGAGUAAAAAUGGGAUUCAAGAAAUACACAACUGUGCAUUCAAUGGAACCCAACUCGAUGAGCUGAAUCUAAGUGAUAACAGUAAUUUGGAAGAACUGCCUAAUGAUGUUUUCCAGGGAGCCUCCGGACCGGUCAUUCUAGAUAUUUCAAGAACCAGGAUCCAUUCCUUGCCUAGCUAUGGCUUAGAAAAUCUUAAGAAGCUGCGGGCCAAGUCAACUUACCGCUUAAAAAAGCUUCCCAGUCUGGAAAAAUUUGUCACACUCGUGGAGGCCAGCCUCACCUACCCCAGCCACUGCUGUGCCUUCGAAAACUGGAGGCGGCAAACCUCUGACCUUCAUCCAAUUUGCAACAAAUCUAUUUUAAGGCAAGAAGUUGAUGACAUGACUCAGGCUAGGGGUCAGAGAGUCUCUUUGGCAGAAGAUGAUGAGCCCAGCUAUGCCAAAGGAUUUGACAUGAUGUACAGUGAAUUUGACUAUGACUUAUGCAAUGAAGUGGUUGAUGUGACUUGCUCCCCUGAGCCAGACGCAUUCAAUCCAUGUGAAGAUAUCAUGGGGGAUGAUAUUCUCAGAGUCUUGAUAUGGUUUAUUAGCAUCCUGGCCAUCACUGGGAACAUCCUAGUUCUGGUGAUCCUGAUCACCAGCCAGUAUAAACUCACGGUCCCCCGGUUCCUCAUGUGCAAUCUGGCCUUUGCCGAUCUCUGCAUUGGAAUCUACCUGCUGCUCAUAGCCUCAGUUGAUGUCCACACCAAAAGCCAGUACCACAACUAUGCCAUUGACUGGCAAACUGGAGCAGGCUGUGAUGCUGCCGGCUUUUUCACUGUCUUUGCCAGUGAGCUCUCAGUCUACACUCUGACCGCCAUCACCCUGGAAAGAUGGCAUACCAUCACCCAUGCCAUGCAGCUCGAAUGCAAAGUGCAGCUCCGCCAUGCUGCCAGCAUCAUGCUGGUCGGCUGGAUCUUUGCUUUUGCAGUUGCCCUCUUUCCCAUCUUUGGCAUCAGCAGCUACAUGAAGGUGAGCAUCUGCCUGCCCAUGGACAUUGAUAGCCCCUUGUCACAGCUCUAUGUUAUGUCCCUCCUUGUGCUCAAUGUCCUGGCCUUUGUGGUCAUCUGUGGCUGCUAUAUUCACAUCUACCUCACGGUGAGGAACCCCAACAUCACAUCCUCUUCUAGUGACACCAAGAUCGCCAAGCGCAUGGCGAUGCUCAUCUUCACCGACUUCCUCUGCAUGGCGCCCAUCUCCUUCUUUGCCAUCUCUGCCUCCCUCAAGGUGCCCCUCAUCACUGUGUCCAAGUCAAAGAUCCUCUUGGUCCUGUUCUACCCCAUCAACUCCUGUGCCAACCCCUUCCUCUAUGCCAUCUUCACCAAGAACUUCCGCAGGGAUUUCUUCAUUCUGCUGAGCAAGUUUGGCUGCUAUGAAGUGCAAGCCCAAACCUAUAGGUCAGAAACCUCAUCCACUGCCCACAACUUUCAUCCAAGGAAUGGCCACUGCCCCCCAGCUCCCAGGGUUACCAAUGGUUCCAAUUACACACUUAUCCCCCUAAGACAUUUAACCAAGAACUAAAACACAAUGUGCAAAUGUUUCUGUGUGUUGAAUGACAAUUAUGUCUUGCCUUUGAAGAAUAUGUCAUGGCAUAGCUGACAGAGCACUUCCACGUACUUCAUCUAAUUUAAUCUCCCUGGCACAUCCAUAAGGUAAAUUGGUCAGAAACUAUUAACUCCACGUGAUUCAUUAGGCAACUGAAGACUUCAUAACAACAUUAAUAAUUAAAAUAAUGUAGUACUACAUCACAUUUGUUCUAUCCUUUAUAGCGUUCAAAGUGCUCUUGUUCAGAUCAUCUCAACUGAUCCCUAUAAAAGUCCUAUUAAACAGGCAGAACAGGAAUUAUGCUUGGAGUUUUAUAGACGAGGAAACCAAAACCUAAAGGGUUAAGUGACUUGUUCCAUAUUACUCGACUUAUAAGAAGCAGAGCCAAAAUUAAAUGUCCUGACUCCCAGAGAACUUGCAAGAGAGGCAGUGCAAUAUUUAUUCACUCACUCAUUCCCUCAAUGAAGAUUUACUGAAUAUCUAUGUGAUGCUUUGAAAUAUGUCAACUUGAGUAGGCUGAACUACAUUUCCCAGAAUUCCCUUUCGUAAAUAUUUCCCAUGAAGGUAGGCCACAUGAAAGAUUUUCAGGAAAACAGGAGGGUGGAAGGGAAGCUGCACACUUUGCUGCUCAUCUGUUGAUUCAGCUCACCGCUGUGAGUCUGCAAUGGGUCCACCAUACCCUGGAACCUUCCUCGGGUUCUCUGCCUCUUAAGUCAAGUGUAUGUGUUUAGCUCCAUGUUGAAGAACCCCCAUCUUCAGAACACUUUUACCACCAAGGUCAGAAGCAACAAGAACAGAAAUAGAUUUCAGUUUGAACUUCUGGAGUCUAUCUUUUGCUUAUGGCUUCAAGAAUGCUUGUGAUCUUCCCUUUAUGACUGCCUGCCCUAUAGACUAGCAUCAGAUGUGGAGACAACAUCCUUACAUAGCCCACUUUACCAACCUCCACAAUUGUGUAAGUCAAUUCCCUGUAACAAAUCCCUGCCAUAUAUACAUAUGCAAGACUGCUUCUGCUUCUUCAGUCAAACCCUGACUGAAGUAUACAACCCAUACGGUGUGCCUAUGGAUUAUAUUGUUAAGAACACAGCAACUUUGGAAUUGAAGCUGAGAUUUCAUUCUUAUUCCACAAUAAGGCAGAACUUCUCCCUAGCUCAGUGUCUCCCUCUGCAAUGGGAGCUGGUUAUAGUAUCUAACUAUUGGACUUAUUAUAACAAUUAGAAAAGAAAGUGAGUUUAAGGUACCUAUUGCUUUAACAGGCUUGAUGAACAACAGUUUACUUCUUUCCCCCCAUAUCAGUGACUGAACUAGCACCUAGUUCUCCUGACCGUGAUCUAGAACUCAUUCCCUCACAUAUUAUUCCUGAUAAAUAACUACACUUUCCCUACCUACUUUCACAAACGACCCCAUUUAGAUGAUCUGAUCAUCAGUUCAGUUUAGUCACUCCAUCGUGUCCGACUUUUUGCAACCCCACGGACUGCAGCACGCCAGGCCUCCCUAUUCAUCACCAACUCCCAGAGCCUACUCA